CGGAGGGAGGGAAUGGGGUGCCGGCUGCAGGGACCCCAAGACUCGCCCAGUUUCUGAGCAGGACACCCCCCAGAAGUGCAGAGGAAUUGAGGGGUGCAGGGGGGAGCCACCACAGGGCUGGAGUGGCAGGGGGAAGGGGGGACGGUGGCGCCCCACCUCGGUCCAGAAUUAGGGGUGUCUCCACCCCGCCCUAGGAAAUGAAAACCAAGCACAGCAGAGGUGAGUGGGGGUGAGCUGCCUGUUCAGGGCGGCAUUCAAGGGAGCAUCAGUCUUCCGGAAUCUUCUCCCAGUGGCUCAGCUUCCCAGUCUGGGAAAUACAGCCGGCCUGUGCUCCCCCCCCCCCACAAAACCCCUGGGGGAGACUGGUCAUUAGGACCUGAGGACCCAGGAGGGCUCCCUGGAGAAGGCGGCCUUGCCACACAGCCAUGAGUGCCCGGGCAGCACGGCCCCGAAGCCGUCGAGGGAGGCAGCCGCCACCUGUGGAGCUGGCCCCUGUGGUGGAAAUCUCUGAAGAGGUGGUGGAGGGAGCCAACCAGGAGGGCUGCCUGGAGGCGAGGGUGACAACGAAAACCAUAGAACAGGAGAGCAGGUGCGACGGUGACCCAGUUGGGCUUCCAAUCAGCACCCCUGAGCUGGCCCAGGAAGCUUCCCAGGCCCCCCCUGAGCCCCCCAAAGCAGAGGACGUGUUUGAGACCCUCCAGUCGGCCCUCUCCUCCCUGGAGGCUGCCGUGGCCGCCUGGCACCAGCCCCCAGAGCAGCCCACGGCCGGGGAAGUGGGGGACGGAGGCCAGGGGGACCCCGGGCCCUGUGGGGGACAGGAGGGGUUGGGGGGCUUCCAGGGGGAGGUGGCCCAGCUGGUGGAGAGGAACGGCUGGCUGCGGCUGGCCCUGGGCAGCCGGGAGCGGGAGCUGAGCCGCGUGAGGGGGGAGCUGCAGGCGGUGGAGGCUGAGAAGGAGACACUGCAGCGGGAGGUGCGGGAGCUGCAGGGGUCCUUGCUGAGGCUGCCAGCCUUCCCGCCACCUGCCCGGAUCCCCGGCGCCCCAGGCUCCGGCAGCGGCUCCAGCAGCCCUGAGGCCGACGGGGGGCCCUGGGGGGCUCAGGACCCCCUUUGCCUGGCUCACCCCCUGCUCCGGCCCCUGCAGGGUGGCUCCGGCACCCAGAUGGUGGGGCCCCUCCGCACCCAGUCCAUGGUCCUGGAGACUCAGCACAUGGAAACCCGGCAGGAGCAGCUGCGAGGGAAUAUCGAGAAACUCAAGUGCUUCAACCGCCUGCUGGCAGCCGUGCUCCGGGGCUCCAAGGACCAGUGUGAAAGGCUCAGCAUGCAGCUCUCCCGGCGGGAGGCCGAGGCCACGGCCCUGCGUCUGGCUCUGCAAUUCAGCGAGAGCUGUGAGGCGGCCUACGGGGCCCUGCUCCCCCUCCUGACGCCGGGCCCCGGAGCAGAAGUCCCCGGGGGCUACCUGGACGCGGCCCAGAAGGAAGUCCGGAGGCUGCUUUUACAAGAGCAGGCUGCUCAGGACACAGGGAGCCCACAGGAUCAGCAGCCCAGCCCCGAGGGCAGCAGCGUGGACCGGCCGGAGCCAUGGGAGCUGGCUGCCCAGCUCCGGGGCUGCAUUGGGCGCCUGCGGGCACGCGGGGCCCUGGUGAGGGUCCCCCCAGAGCCCCGGCCCCCCUGGGCGCCCUUGCUCACCGUGAUGCACGCGGAAGCCAUGGUGCAGGCCGUCCUGGAUGCCCAGCCCGGCCCGGCCCUGCCCAGACUGGAGAGGCGGCAGCUCCAGCAGGACCUGGUGGCCACACGGGAGGCGCUGGCGGACCUGGCGCUGAGCUUGCAGCUGGCACGGAGAGAAAAGCGAAGCCUGGAGCUACGGGAGGCCGCCGUGCGCGCCCUGGGCCCGGCCCACGGGCUCCUGCUGGAGCAGCUGCGCUGGGAGCGGGGCCAGGGGGCGGCCGGCGGGGACAGCAGCGGAGGGGAGCAGGACGAGGAGGACGAGGAGGCCGCGGGGUGUCCCGCCGUCCCCGGAGGCCUGGGGACCCAAGCCCGGGACCCCGAGGAGCUGGCCCAGGAGCUGACUGCCUGCCGUGCCCGGAACAGGCUUGCUUGCUGCGGAGGGACCUGGCACAGGCUGCAGAGAAAGGCCGUGCCCGGCGGGCUCAGUGCUCGGAGCUGCAGCGGGAACUCUGCCGGGCUCACAGGGCGCUGCUGCUCGCGGUGCGGGGGGCCCAGCGCCGCCAGGAGGAGCAGCAAUGGCGGCUGGAGCGGCGGCUGGAGGCGCUGGGGGCCCGGCAGGCGGAGGAGCGGGUGGGUCUGGAGGCCCUGGAGGGGGCUCUGGGCGCUGGGGGGCAGCCCCCGACCCCCCGGCCCCGGGGCACCGUCCUGUAGAGCCGCCCUCACCCACUCCUGCCCCGAUGGCCGCAUGUCGGGGUGCUGGAGCCGGUCGGUACCAGGCUGCUGGGGGAGAAGCUCCAGAGAGCUGGCUGGAAGUUUCUGCGUGGGGGCUGGGUGCGGCUCACCCGGCUAAGUGCACAUAUACUGAGCGCAAGGACCCGGGUUCAAGGCCCCGCACCCCACCUGCAGGGGGUGAAGCAGGCCUGCAGGUGUCUGUCUUUCUCUCCCCCUGUCUAUCUCCCCCACCUCCCUCAAUUUCUCUCUGUCCCAUUCAAUAAAAUGUAAAAAAAAAAAAACAAGAAAAAAAAAAAAAACAGCUUCCGAGAGGGAGCAGUGGAUUCGUAGUGCUGGCACCAAGCCCCAGCAAUAACCUGGAAACAAAAAACAAAAACAAAAGAAGAAGGAGAGGGGAGCACAGCAGGCAAGGGCGCUGUGGUGUCUCUGUGUGUCUCAUGCCAUCUCUAUAAAGAAAAUAAACACUUGCUGGGAGUCAGGCGGCGGCGCAGCGGGUUAAGCGCAGGUGGCGCAAAGCUCAAGGACCGGCGUAAGGAUCCCGGUUCGAGCCCCCGGCUCCCCACCUGCAGGGGAGUCGCUUCCCAGGCGGUGAAGCAGGUCUGCAGGUGUCUGUCUUUCUCUCCCCCUCUCUGUCUUCCCCUCCUCUCUCCAUUGUCUCUGUCCUAUCCAACAAUGACAACAAUAAUAACGACAACAACAAAGGCAACAAAAGAGAAUAAUAAAAAAAACCACUUUCUGUGGCCCAGUGGUGAGAGCCUUGCCCUCUCGAGCGUGGGGUCUGUGGCCCCCGACACCCUGUCCCCACACACAGCAGCCACUGGCCCUGCUCAGAGCUCAGGUGACGGAGAGGAGAAAUGAGACACAGGGCGUCACAGAGACACAGGGUCUGCAAGGGACGCGCCCACCUGAGGCCCCUGGCCCCGGGUUCAAGCUCCAGCACCGUCGGCUGCAGGACUGAGCGAGACUCUGGGGAAAACAUAAUAAUAAUAACAAUAAAUGAUAAUAAUUCUGCAAAAGAUGCUCCUGCUUGAGGCUCUGAGGCCCCAGGUUCAGUCCCCAGCACCACCAUCAGUCAGAGUUUACCAGG